AUGCUGGAUCCUCAAGGAAUUGUCUUAGCAAAUAUUGGUUACUGGAUCCUCUGGGGAUUGUAUGGGGAGGAGGACUCCAAAGCUCGUGAGUAUGCUGAAAAUGAUAAGGCAGAGAAUACAAUGAAGUUGGGAGUUGCAUAUCUGAAGCCCGAGUUAACCAUGGAAGGGGAUGAGGAAGAUGAAGUAAUCAUUUUCAAUCCAAUAGUGGCUGAGAAGCGGCCUGAUGUGGGCAGCCUAUGA